AGGUGAAGGUUGGAAAAGUUAACAAGCAACGUGACUCGUGAACUGCUACAUGAGCAGCAAUUGGAUUAUAAUAUGGACAUAAUGCCUGCAGAAAUCUAAUUGAGGAGAACAUGAGGUCCACUCUCUCCACCUUCUUCUCCAUCUCCUUCUGCUUCAUAGCCAUCGCUGCCGCCGAUCUCAUCCACGAAACCUGUCAAAAGUGUGCAGAGAGAUCACCCAUCUUGAGCUACGACUUGUGUGUAUCUUCUCUACAAGCAAUCCCACCGAGCCACACCGCAAGUCUCCCAGAACUAGCCGUCAUCUCUGUUAAAUUGGCUCUAGUUAACGCCACCGCUACGCUAUGGAGCAUCCAAAAGCUUUUAGAGAAUGAAGCUUCUGAUCCAAAUUUGAUGGGUUCCUUAAAGGAUUGUCAAGAACUAUACUCCGAUGCAGUACCUACGCUUGAGAACUCUAUUACAGCCUUUAAGAGAUUGGAUUACAGGUCAGGUAAUGUAUUGAUUACAGCAGCCAUGGACGCAGCAACGACUUGUGAAGGUGGGUUUGAUGUGUCUCCAUUGACAAAGCAGAACUAUGACUUCUUUCAGCUGUGUGAUAUUGUUCUUGUCAUCACCCGUUUGAUUCCAUCUGAGCUGCCAUUUUUGUUGUCUAUGUACUCUCAGAUUCUCUGAUGGUGGGAUCUGGAUUUCUUCACUAAAUGUAUUGUUUUAUUUGCUUCUUAAUUAUAUUGUAUUACUGAUGAUAUGAAGCAAGUGAAUUAAACCCCAAGAGUAUAGCCGAGUUGAUAAGAGA